CCGCCAAAGAUGCCCAUCACAUUUACAUUGUUGCGUCCCUCCACAAAUCAACCCUAACAAUUUCUUCCUUCAAUUCCCGCCAAAGACACCCAGCACCACUUUCAGCUGCUUCCGUCCAAUCUCAGGUGAACGGAAAAUGGCUUCCGACUCAUCUCCGGUCAACACUCCUGGCGGUGCUAAUCCAUCUACACCAGAUGUCUCAAUUUCAAGUCCAAUUGGGAACACUUUCUCUUCUCCCGGCGAUACUGAUCGCCGGAAGCGUGGACGCCGGUCGGACACGUCAACACCAGUAGCUCCGGAAAAUCGGCAAUUCACAACUCCCGAUGUUACACCGACACCUCGCCGAGGAGGACGAAGAGCAUCCUCCACCACUCCUGGUGCUGCGACUCCGUCUUAUGCCUCUGAUGCGCCGCCUUCUUCCGAAGGCGGAGAAGGUGAUGAUGCUGAUGAGGCCCCACCAAUGUAUGUGUGGGGCACAAACAUCAGUGUGCAAGAUGUAAACGCUGCGAUUCUUAGGUUUUUGAGGAAUUUCCGGGAGGAUUCUUCUCAAACUGAGGGGAAAUACAUGAGGGCAAUUCAUCAUGUGAUUGAAAUGGAAGGCGACUCACUCGAUGUGGAUGCGCAUGAUGUGUUUGACUAUGACGGCGAUUUGUAUACCAAAAUGGUCAGGUUCCCUCUUGAGGUUCUUGCAAUUUUUGACAUUGUGUUAAUGGACAUGGUUAGUAGAAUCAACCCACUCUUCGAGAAGCACAUACAAGCUAGAAUUUUCAAUCUCAAGACAUCGACUUCAAUGAGAAAUCUCAAUCCAUCUGAUAUUGAGAAGAUGGUGUCACUCAAAGGGAUGAUUAUCCGGUGUAGCGCAAUUAUUCCAGAGAUCAGGGAAGCAAUAUUUAGAUGUCUUGUUUGUGGAUAUUACUCAGACCCAAUUGUUGUCGAUAGAGGUAGGAUUAAUGAGCCGACAAUAUGUGGCAAGCAAGAAUGUCUUGCCCGGAACUCAAUGACUCUGGUUCACAAUAGAUGCAGGUUUGCUGAUAAACAAAUCGUGAGAGUUCAAGAAACUCCAGAUGAGAUCCCUGAGGGAGGAACACCUCACACAGUUAGCUUGUUGAUGCAUGACAAACUAGUGGAUGUUGGGAAGCCAGGUGACCGAGUUGAAGUCACUGGAAUUUAUCGGGCUAUGACUGUCAGAAUCGGGCCAGCACACAGGACUGUAAAAUCAUUGUUCAAGACUUACAUUGAUUGUCUUCAUCUUAAGAAGACUGACAAGUCAAGAAUGCACGCAGAGGAUCCAAUGGAAGUUGAAAAUGGUGUUGUUGGAAGUGAUGAGCAUCUUGACAAUGAAGAAAAGGUGGAGAAAUUGAAAGAACUAUCUAAACAGCCUGAUAUCUACGAAAGGCUGACCAGGUCCUUGGCGCCAAACAUAUGGGAGUUGGAUGAUGUAAAGAAAGGCCUUCUUUGCCAGCUCUUUGGCGGAAAUGCAUUGAGCUUGUCGUCUGGGGCAAGCUUCCGUGGUGAUAUCAACAUUCUUCUUGUUGGUGAUCCAGGGACCAGCAAAUCACAGUUGCUCCAAUAUAUUCACAAACUAUCUCCUCGUGGUAUAUACACAAGUGGACGAGGAAGUUCAGCUGUGGGGUUGACUGCCUAUGUAGCCAAAGAUCCUGAGACUGGUGAAACUGUCCUCGAGAGUGGGGCUCUGGUCCUGAGUGACAGAGGGAUCUGCUGUAUCGAUGAGUUUGACAAAAUGUCUGACAGUGCCAGGAGCAUGUUACAUGAAGUGAUGGAGCAACAAACUGUUUCAAUUGCAAAGGCUGGAAUUAUCGCUUCGCUUAAUGCUAGGACUUCAGUAUUGGCCUGUGCAAAUCCAAUUGGCUCCCGUUACAAUCCCCGUUUAUCUGUCAUUGAUAAUAUACACCUUCCGCCUACCCUGCUGUCAAGAUUUGAUUUGAUAUAUUUAAUUCUAGACAAAGCGGAUGAGCAGACUGACAGGCGCCUCGCAAAGCACAUAGUUGCUUUACACUUUGAGGAUCCUGAGAACUCUGAGCAAGAAGUGAUUGACCUUCCAACAUUAGCUGCAUACUUGAGCUAUGCUCGCAAAAAUAUACAUCCAGAAUUAUCUGAUGAAGCAGCUGAAGAAUUGACUAGAGGUUAUGUGGAGAUGAGAAUAAGAGGGAAUUUCCCUGGCAGCAGUAAAAAGGUUAUUACAGCCACACCAAGGCAGCUAGAGAGUUUAAUACGCCUUAGUGAAGCUCUUGCUCGGAUUCGUUUUUCAGAAAAGGUUGAGAAAAAAGAUGUAAUGGAGGCUUUUCGACUUCUAGAAGUUGCUCUGCAGCAGUCUGCAACUGACCAUGCUACAGGAACCAUUGACAUGGAUCUUAUCACAACUGGAGUAUCUGCAAGUGAAAGGAUGAGAAGGGAGAAUUUGGUGUCAACCACUCGCAACAUAAUUAUGGAGAAGCUGCAGCUUGGGGGACCAUCAACUCGUUUGCUAGAGUUAUUGGAAGACGCAAAGAAGCAAAGUUCUGGCGGUGAAGUUCACCUGGCAGACCUGCGGAAUGCACUUGCUACUCUCGCAACCGAAGGACUGGUUGUUGUUCAUGGUGACACUGUCAAGAGAAUAUGAUAGAAGGAAAUCAGGAGUGAAAAGGAAUUUUCAAAUUCACUGCUCAGGGAAACUUACAUAUGCACAUUGGCAUUAUUUGCUAGAGCAGACACUCGGCCAUAUCGGCGGUCUACUUCACUGUGCCCUUUGAAACAGUUGGCCACCUUUGUAUGAGCAAUGUGUAGAACUUUGCAAUGUAGUGUUUUGUCUUUUUAACUUUAUCUUAAUUAAAAACUUUGGUGAACUUAAGACCUGAAUCUGUAUAUUAGAAAAUGAGCGCGCCAUGGCUGGUUUUGACAAAA